UGAGAGGACAGCCUCUAACUGUGCGCCAGAGUAAACUUUUCUAACUGUGCAGUGUGUCCCUGAUAGACGAGCUUAUGAGUGCGGCAUUCGGGUCGUCCUUCGCGAUGAUGCAGCGUCCGGUGGGAAACACCACUGCCUUCAGCAUCGACUCGCUCAUCGGCGGCUCCCAGCAGCCCAGUCCGGGACACUUCGUGUACACUGGCUACCCCAUGUUCAUGCCCUACCGCUCUGUGGUGCUUCCUCCUCCUCCUCCUCCUCCACCUCCUCCUGGUCUGAAUCAGGCGCCUCCUCAUCAUCAGCUCGCCGCUUUACCGGCCGCAAUACCGGGCGCUUUCUGCUCCAGUUUGGCGCAGGGCAUGGCGCUCACCUCCACGCUCAUGGCCAGCCUUCCCCAGCACCCGGAAGCGGCCCGGAAGUUCGGCACGCAGGCGCUGCACGCGGCCUUUGACAAAUCCCAUGAGAUCCGACUGGACGCAGAAGACGGCAAAAGUUUCCUGACCAAAGACGCCGCUGCGCUUCUGCCCUUCCACGAUGAGCCUCUGCAGUCCGCUACAGUACGAAGUCACGGCAAAGACGAUCCCAAGGAAGACGAGUGCACGAGGAAGGACGAGAGCUUCUCCAUGGACAGCGACCUCGACUACAGCUCGGAUGACAACAUGCCCUCUGCGUCCAACCCGCUGUGUGCCAAAGAGGACGGCGAGGUGAGUGCAGGCCUGGAGGAGAGCGCGCGCUCCGGGAGCGGCGCCUCGGGGGGGAAAAACCGGAGGCGGCGGACGGCGUUCACCAGCGAGCAGCUGCUGGAGCUGGAGAAAGAGUUCCACUGCAAGAAGUACCUGUCUCUGACAGAGCGCUCGCAGAUCGCGCACGCCUUGAAACUCAGCGAGGUGCAGGUGAAAAUCUGGUUUCAGAACCGCAGAGCGAAGUGGAAGCGCGUCAAGGCGGGGAACGUGAACACGAAGGCGGGCGAGCCGUCCCGAAACCCCAAAAUAGUGGUUCCCAUUCCCGUGCACGUGAGUCGCUUCGCCAUCCGGAGCCAGCAUCAGCAGCUGGAGCAAGCCAGACCCUGAUAUGCGCUGGGCUUUUGGACCAAAACACAAACUUCACUUAACGCGAGUGACUCGUUUACAAAAAAAAAAGCCACAUGUGAAAUAUGAAUAUAGUACAUUUCCACGCGGAUAUCUGCGUUCAUCCUCGAGGAGGAAGCAGUGUCGGUUUGUUUGAACGGACUUUCCGGUUACGCAGGAAACUGCAGACUUUUGUGCUGAAUAAUGCGACAGCGCGUCUCCAGAAGUAUUACUAUAGCUAGUGUGCUGUUUUGACAUACAGUGUAACGCGGUUUGGGACGCAGCCCAAGUUCUGGUAACUGGCACGCGCACACACAAACACACACACCGAGAGAGUGAGAGAGAGAGAGAGUGUGAGAGAGAGAGAGAGAGAGAGAGAGAGCUGCUGUGGACCAAAUGAUGAAUAAACUAAUUCCCUGUAGAUUUCAAAGAAUGUGAAGUUCUCUUUCGUUUUGUUUUUCUGUAGUGUUCAGUGUGUGUGUGUGUGUGUGUGUGUGUGUGUGUGUGUGUGUGUGUGUGUGUUUGCGUUCUUUUUCUUUUCUUUUUUUUUUUAACAGAGAUGAGGUGAUCUAUUAAACGGAGCACUUUUCUGGCUCUGCUGAAGCACUGAGAAAAUUAAACAACAGUCAUGCCUUCGAGGUGAUGGUCUGUUCUGUUAAUACGUGUUUUUAUUUGUCUUGAUUAAUAAUCACUUCUCUUCAUUUUGAGUUUGUUUUUUUGUUGUUUGUUUGUUUUUGUUGUUGUUUACUUCCUGGGGGCACGCUGCUAAUUUAUUUGAUAUUGUGCAAAGAGUUACUAACAUGCGAAGAGUUUAUUGAGUUGAGAUUGUGUGAAUUAAAGUGGACCGUGAUUGUGAAAUACUUGUACGUGGUGGG